AUGCUCACACGCGCAGCUCAAACCUGCCGCCACUUUUCCCAGCCCUCGACGCUCCCACCCCGCACCCUCGCUCGCUACUUCACCAACACACCAGCUGCAAGAAUGAAGGUCAUCCCUGUACCUGUCCGCUCGGACAACUACGCCUACCUCAUCCUCUCUUCGCCCCAGUCCGCGAGCGAUGGCCGACAAAAGGCCGCGUUCGUCGACCCUUUCGACUUUGCAAAGGUCCGCGAGGUCGCACGCAACGACUACGGCAUCGAGGAUGAGGACGUCAUCGGCCUACUGACCACCCACCACCAUGCGGAUCAUAGCGGCGGAAACGAGGCCUUUGCCAAAGCAUUCCCCUCGCUCCCCAUCUGGGGCGGCUCUGAGCAGAUUCCAGCGCUCAACAAGAAGGUCGAGCACGGAGACAGCUUCCCGCUCUUCCCGUCGAUCAACGUAUCGUGCCACGCCACUCCCUGCCACACCCAGGACUCGAUCUGCUUUUUCGUCGAGGACGGCCGCGAGGGCCUGUCGCAGGGCCCCGAGGGCAAGGACGGCGAGAAGCUGCGCGCCGUCUUCACCGGCGAUACUCUCUUUGUCUCGGGCUGUGGUCGCUUCUUUGAAGGCUCGGCCGACGAAAUGCACAAGGCGCUCAACGUCGUCCUCGCCUCGCUGCCCGGCGACACGGUCGUCUUCUGUGGCCACGAGUACACCAAGAGCAACGUCGCCUUCUCCAAGGGUGUCCUCGACGCCGACGAACACGUCGAGAGGCUGGUCGAGGACCUGCGCCGCCAGAGGAACGGCGGCGUCACUACCGGCGUGUACACCAUCGCCGACGAGAAGAGGCACAAUGUCUUUAUGCGAGUCGCUGACCCCGCCGUCCAGCAGAAGGUCGGCGGACAGGGCGAGGUCGACACAAUGAACAAGCUGCGCGAGCUCAAGAACCAAGGCAAACUGAUGGCCAACAUCUGA